CGUUCACACAACACAUCGCCAUCACCGUCAGCAUCAUCACCAUCUGUUCCGAGUUAAGAAUCCCACCGAGGGAAAAAUACGCCCGCCCGCGUCCCGUACUUAAUCCUUACAGUCCAGUGGAUAUACUGCUCUUAACGCUCAUUUUUGUCUUUUACCGUUAAGAGCCUCGUCUGCCACCAUGGAUCCCGCCUCAAGGAUUUCUCGUGGCGCUUUAAAUGCCAUCUUCACUGAUCCCGAUAAUGUAGCCACCAAGUUCCCCGUACCUAUUCUGCAGUGCCUCCAGAUCAAGCCACUAGGCGGCCAGCCCGGCUCCGUUGAUCGAUACCGGAUUGUCUUGAGCGACGUCAACAACUACGUCCAGUCCAUGUUGGCGACCCAGGUAAACCAUCUUGUCCACGAUGGCCAGCUUGUGAGGAAUUGCAUUGUGCGUAUCACAAACUAUCAGCCCAACACCGUCAAGGGCAAGAACAUCUUGAUCAUCCUGGGCCUCGAGGUCAUCUCUGAACUUGGCCAGCCUGACAAGAUAGGCGAUCCCGUGGCCUUCGAGCCUAGUUCAGAGAGUGCACCGAAUACUACAACCAUCGGCGGACAAAACUUCUACGGCGCUAAGAAGGAAGAGAAGGAAACCAAACCUAGAAUGUCCAAUAUUCCGAGCCGCCCAACAACAACGGGUGGAGGCCACGGCAGCAACAAUAUUUACCCCAUUGAGGCCCUCUCACCGUAUGCGCACAAGUGGACCAUCAAGGCCCGCGUCACGCAGAAGGGCGACAUCCGCACCUGGCAUAAGCCCAGUGGCGAGGGCAAGCUGUUCUCCGUGAACCUUCUUGAUGAGAGCGGCGAGAUCAAGGCUACUGGCUUCAACGAGCAGUGUGAUCAGUACUACGACAUGUUGCAGGAGGGUUCCGUCUACUACAUCUCGAGCCCUUGCAAGGUGAGCAUUGCCAAGAAGCAGUUCUCCAACCUGCCCAACGAUUACGAGCUCGUCCUUGAGAGAGACACCGUCAUCGAGAAGGCCGAGGAUCAGAGCAGCGUACCGCAGGUGCGCUUCAACUUCUGCACAAUCCAGGAACUCCAGAGCGUCGAGAAGGACGCGACCGUCGACGUUGUCGGCGUCCUCAAAGAAGUUGGCGAGGUGUCGCAGAUCACGUCCAAGACCACCCAACGGCCCUACGAGAAGCGAGAGCUCACAAUCGUAGACGACACGAACUUCUCCGUCCGCGUAACCAUUUGGGGCAAGUCUGCGCAGAACUUUGAUGCCAGGCCCGAGUCUGUCAUCGCCUUUAAGGGCCUCAGAGUCUCCGAUUUUGGCGGCCGGAGCUUGAGCCUCCUCUCCUCGGGCACCAUGACCGUCGACCCGGAUAUAGCCGAUGCCCACCGCCUCAAGGGCUGGUAUGACUCUUCCGGUCGCAACGACUCGUUCGCGACACAUAGCGGCAUGGCGCCCGCCCUGGGUGCCGCCACAGGGCGCGGCAACGAAGACAAGUUCGUGGUCCAGGUCAAGGACGAGCAGCUCGGGAUGAACGAAGGACAGGACUUCUUCAACCUCAAGGCCACCAUCGUGUACAUCAAGCCCGACACCUUCGCCUAUCCGGCUUGCCGCAAGGAAGGCUGCAACAAGAGGGUCAUCGACGUCGGCGACGGCACGUGGCGCUGCGAGAAGUGCGACAUCAACCACAGCCAGCCCACGUACAGGUACAUCAUGUCCGUCAACGUCUGCGACCACACGAGCCAGCUCUGGCUUAGCUGCUUUGACGAGGUCGGCCGCGCCAUCAUGGGUGUGUCUGCUGAUGAGCUUAUGGAGCUCAAAGAGUCUGGCGAUGAGGCCGCCAAGGCGGCCGUUUUCGAACAGGCCAGCUGCAAGAAGCUUUUCUUUAGAUGCAGCGCCAAGAUGGAUACUUUCGGUGAAACCCAGAGGAUACGGUAUCAAGCUCGCAGUGCGGCACCGCUCGAUUACAAGACAGAAGGACACAAGCUUGUCGAGUUGAUCAAGCAGUACACCAUCAGCUCGUGAUUUCGGCACUUGUGGUGGAAUUCGCUUCUUGUCGACCUCUCUUGGAGUGGAUUGGGGGGUGUCGGGGGUACUGUGCUAUCAAGACAUGGCCGGCCAGCCGAGCCUGGACAGUUAAAUCGGAUCAUGAGGACGAUGCGAGCCAAAGCCGAACUACUUUGUAUCGCGAAAGGUUUCGUACUGGUUGCGUAGGGG